AUGACAUUGUACCCGCGUGCACUAAGCUUCCGAUUCCGGCGUGGGUACUGCGCCGGGGCCGCGCGCGGGCCGGCCGCCCCGGUACGUUGUGCUCGACGACCGGUCCGGCCGCGGCGUCUCGAAAUGCCGACGGUCGGCCGGGACGGCGUCGUAAAGCCGGCCGCGCGCCACGACGGAUCGGCACGGAAACAAGGCCGCGCCACCGUUAUCGGAACGAUUCCGGUCGGCCGCGGAAACCGACGGUCGCCGUUCCGAUUAGCCGUUUCGAAAACUGGCGGUACCGUGGCGGCGAACGGGAACAAAACGGUGAUUGCGUUAGCACUCGCUGCCGCGGAAGAAGACGGGAAACAAUUAAUGUGCAACAAAAAAAAAAAAAAGACCGAGGGUUCGUGA